AUCGCAGCCUCGAGCUUCCCGCAAGGUUUGAAUUUCGCGGGCUGGAACCGGUGGAUCAGGUCCCGGAUGUAAUGUUGAUCGAACUGAAGAUUUUGUUCGUUGACGUUGCCGUGAAGCGCCGAGGGACCUUCUGAUAAGUUGAAUGUAUGAUCUCAGCGACAAUGGAUCUCUUAUCAUUACUGUAUUACUGUCUAGUGAUUUACGUGAUCGUGCAGUUUAUUCGGUUCUUGAGAGCUGAUGGAGAUUUGACAUUGUUAUGGUGUGAAUGUUUUGGAAACAAGCCAGAAGACAAACUCUACAAGAAAGUGGUAUGGAUAACGGGGGCCUCUUCUGGAAUUGGAGAGGAGCUGGCAUAUCAACUAGCAAAAUUAGGAGCUUUUUUGGUGCUAUCUGCUAGGAGAGUUGCUGAACUGGAACGAGUUAAACAAAACUGCCUUGAUCAUAGCAAGCUACGAGUAAAGGACAUUCUUGUUCUGCUACUUGACCUGAAUGUAAGCAGUUCCCACAAGGAUGCGACAAAAAGUGUUAUCCAGUACUUUGGUAAAAUUGACAUUUUGAUCAACAAUGCUGGUCGUUCCCAACGCUCCUUAUUCCUGGACACCAACCUUGAUGUCUAUGAAGCCAUAAUGCACCUGAACUUCCUUGGUACAAUCUCGCUGACCAAAUGUGUGCUACCUUACAUGAUAAAGCAGGAGAAAGGACAAAUAAUCACUGUCAGUAGUUUGGCAGGUCUUGUUGCUGCCCCUAUUUCUACAGGUUAUGCAAGUAGUAAACAUGCUCUUCAGGGAUUUUUUAAUUCCCUUCGACCAGAGCUUGCGAACUACCCAGGGAUUAUAAUUAGCACUGUUUGUCCAGGACUGGUCCACUCUAAUAUUGUGAAAAAUGCAUUUACCGAAGAGAUAAAUAAGCCUAUAUCUGACAACUCUGCACAAACCUGCAAAAUGUCCACUGCACGCUGUGUCCAGCUGAUGCUAGUUGGUAUGGCAAAUGAAUUAAAGGAAAUGUGGAUUUCUGGGCAGCCACUUCUGCUUUAUGUUUAUUUGUGGCAGUAUGCUCCCACCUUGGCCUGGUUAGUUGCAAACAAGAUGUCUGUGAAAAGAAUAAAAAACCUGAAAAGUGGACUGGAUGCUGAUGUAUCUUAUUUUGGAGAUUUAAAGAUUAAAGCAGCUUGAAACUGUAGCCAUUGUACUGGUGGAGAAGGUGAAAGUUUGGAACAUUUUAAUCGUCUGGUAGUAUGGAACUUAUGAAAAAGAUUUUUUUUUGGUCUUGGACUUAUCAUGAUAUUUUACAAGAAUACCAAUGUAAAGGGAACAACAUUUUAUACUGUUUGAGAAGAGUGCUGAUUAAUGGAGGCAUUGCCGUAGAGACUAUCAUUUCAUUGAAUGACAGUUAACUGCCGAGCUUUAAUUUUGAAUUGGGAAGUUCAACUGUGAAGGCAAUGCCCAACUGACUUGCCUAUUUAAAGUUGAAGCAAAUGCAAUGUCUGUACAUGUCUUUCUGCCGGCAAGGGUCAGGGCCCUGUCUACUAAUAGUGCCCAGUUUAUCCCCAAGUGCCCUUCAAAGGUAAGAUAUCUCCAAAUUGAGCAAAGGUAAAGGUAGCUAUUUCAUGCUACUUUGCAGUAUUUUUCAAUGGGUGCUUUAACAGGAUUUUUUUUUCAGCCAUACUUGCUGAUGGUUUUGAUUUAAAUUAAACCUUUGUUACAAUCUAACAUCAUUUUCAUACACUGUUUGUUUAAAUUUAAUACUUGUGCUUACACGUUGGUUUUUACUCUUUUGAGUCAUGGAACAUGGUAAAAGGUAUAAUGGUCAUCUCUCUUUACAUCAAUGCAUGACAUGUUAUCUCUGUUCUGUGCAGUUAAACCACCAGCAAAAUCCUAUAUGUUUUUCCUCAUUUCUCUAAUAAAGGAAUACUAACAUAUCAUCUUUGAAUAUUUACAAAGCACACUUAGUUGGUUUGAUGACCAGAUUGGUUCUAAGCUUCACUAUAGCCUAGUGGCUAGAUGGGGGUUUUAAAAAAAGCCAUGCUUCCUCAUCUUAUGACUUAAUAACACC